AUGGCAAUGAUUUCUAGGGUUUUAAAUGCCCAAAAUUGCUAUUCUAUAUUUGAAGAAUAUAGUAGAAUGCUUUUAAUAAUGUCAGUGAUAAGUUUUGGUGUUCUAGUGGCUUCAUAUGAGGAGAUUGAUAUUAACUGGAUUGGUUUGGUUUACCAAAUGGGACGUGUUGUUGGGGAAGCUUUGAGGCUUAUAUUCAUGGAGAUUUUUGUUAAAAGGAAGGGUCUCAAACUAAACCCUAUUUCUGUCAUGUACUACGUUAGUCCCUGCAGUGCUCUUUGCUUGUUCAUUCUGUGGAUUUUUCUAGAGAAGCCAAAGAUGGAUGCCCAAGGGACAUGGAGCUUUCAACCUGUUAUCCUAACACUCAACUCUCUCUGUACUUUUGCACUCAAUCUAUCAGUUUUUCUUGUGAUCUCGCAUACAAGUGCUUUGACAAUUCGUGUUGCUGGAGUUGUCAAGGAUUGGGUGGCUGUCUUACUAUCAGCCCUUCUGUUUGCUGAUACAAUGCUGACAAUGAUAAAUCUGUUUGGUUAUGGCAUUGGUAAUCUUUCGAUAACAAGUACUUUUGUUUUGGGCUUUCACUAUAUUUAUUGCAAUAAGGUUAAGAAGCUCUAUGACUUGUGCAACAUAACUGUGAAUAAGAAUGAUGUGUUCGGUGAUAGCAGUGCCUUGUCCCCCGGAGGGGUACGAAUUGGUAAGAACUGUUGA